UUGGUAUGACACUGCUUAAACGAUAUUAGACAUUUGUGAAUUAAACACUUUGAGGUUUACCAGCGCUUGUUGAUAGUGAUAAUUUUCUGUGAAAACUAGUGAGCUUUGAAAUAUAUAUAAAGGGAAAGAAAAUAUUUUUAAGAAAAUAAGCAAACGUGAGCAGAAGAACCAUCAAUUAAUUAUAUUGAAAAACCAAUUUCUGUGUAAAAAAAGAGGUUAAGCUCUCUUUCAAAAAUGCAAAUCUUCGUGAAGACUUUGACUGGCAAGACCAUCACUCUGGAGGUUGAACCAUCCGAUACUAUUGAGAAUGUAAAAGCCAAGAUUCAAGACAAAGAGGGUAUUCCACCAGAUCAGCAACGUUUAAUCUUUGCCGGCAAACAAUUGGAAGACGGACGCACCUUGUCCGAUUACAACAUCCAAAAGGAGUCUACACUUCAUCUGGUUCUUCGUCUACGUGGUGGCAUGCAGAUUUUCGUCAAAACUUUGACGGGUAAAACCAUCACUUUGGAGGUUGAGCCUUCCGAUACCAUUGAGAAUGUCAAAGCUAAAAUUCAGGAUAAGGAAGGAAUCCCACCAGAUCAACAACGUUUAAUUUUCGCUGGCAAGCAGUUGGAGGAUGGACGCACAUUGUCUGACUACAAUAUUCAGAAGGAAUCUACAUUGCAUUUAGUUUUGCGCCUACGUGGAGGUAUGCAAAUAUUUGUUAAAACAUUGACUGGCAAAACCAUCACUCUGGAGGUUGAACCUUCCGAUACUAUCGAAAAUGUGAAAGCCAAAAUCCAAGAUAAGGAAGGUAUCCCACCAGAUCAACAGCGUUUAAUCUUCGCCGGCAAGCAGCUCGAAGAUGGCCGCACCUUGUCCGAUUAUAACAUACAAAAAGAGUCUACCCUGCAUUUAGUCCUGCGUCUCCGUGGUGGUAUGCAAAUCUUCGUGAAGACCCUAACUGGCAAAACUAUCACCUUGGAGGUUGAGCCAUCAGACACCAUCGAAAAUGUUAAAGCCAAGAUCCAAGAUAAGGAAGGUAUUCCCCCAGAUCAGCAGCGUUUGAUCUUCGCCGGCAAACAGCUUGAAGAUGGCCGCACCUUGUCUGACUACAACAUCCAAAAGGAGUCUACUCUGCAUUUGGUCCUGCGUCUUCGUGGUGGUAUGCAGAUAUUUGUGAAGACCCUAACUGGUAAAACCAUCACGUUGGAGGUUGAGCCAUCCGACACCAUUGAGAACGUCAAAGCUAAGAUCCAGGACAAGGAGGGUAUUCCUCCAGAUCAGCAGCGUUUAAUCUUCGCCGGCAAGCAACUCGAAGAUGGCCGCACCUUGUCCGACUACAACAUCCAAAAGGAGUCUACGCUCCACUUGGUUCUGCGUCUGCGCGGAGGAAUGCAAAUCUUCGUGAAGACCCUGACUGGCAAAACUAUAACCUUGGAGGUUGAACCAUCCGAUACUAUUGAGAAUGUAAAAGCCAAGAUUCAAGACAAAGAGGGUAUUCCACCAGAUCAGCAACGUUUAAUCUUUGCCGGCAAACAAUUGGAAGACGGACGCACCUUGUCCGAUUACAACAUCCAAAAGGAGUCUACACUUCAUCUGGUUCUUCGUCUACGUGGUGGCAUGCAGAUUUUCGUCAAAACUUUGACGGGUAAAACCAUCACUUUGGAGGUUGAGCCUUCCGAUACCAUUGAGAAUGUCAAAGCUAAAAUUCAGGAUAAGGAAGGAAUCCCACCAGAUCAACAACGUUUAAUUUUCGCUGGCAAGCAGUUGGAGGAUGGACGCACAUUGUCUGACUACAAUAUUCAGAAGGAAUCUACAUUGCAUUUAGUUUUGCGCCUACGUGGAGGUAUGCAAAUAUUUGUUAAAACAUUGACUGGCAAAACCAUCACUCUGGAGGUUGAACCUUCCGAUACUAUCGAAAAUGUGAAAGCCAAAAUCCAAGAUAAGGAAGGUAUCCCACCAGAUCAACAGCGUUUAAUCUUCGCCGGCAAGCAGCUCGAAGAUGGCCGCACCUUGUCCGAUUAUAACAUACAAAAAGAGUCUACCCUGCAUUUAGUCCUGCGUCUCCGUGGUGGUAUGCAAAUCUUCGUGAAGACCCUAACUGGCAAAACUAUCACCUUGGAGGUUGAGCCAUCAGACACCAUCGAAAAUGUUAAAGCCAAGAUCCAAGAUAAGGAAGGUAUUCCCCCAGAUCAGCAGCGUUUGAUCUUCGCCGGCAAACAGCUUGAAGAUGGCCGCACCUUGUCUGACUACAACAUCCAAAAGGAGUCUACUCUGCAUUUGGUCCUGCGUCUUCGUGGUGGUAUGCAGAUAUUUGUGAAGACCCUAACUGGUAAAACCAUCACGUUGGAGGUUGAGCCAUCCGACACCAUUGAGAACGUCAAAGCUAAGAUCCAGGACAAGGAGGGUAUUCCUCCAGAUCAGCAGCGUUUAAUCUUCGCCGGCAAGCAACUCGAAGAUGGCCGCACCUUGUCCGACUACAACAUCCAAAAGGAGUCUACGCUCCACUUGGUUCUGCGUCUGCGCGGAGGAAUGCAAAUCUUCGUGAAGACCCUGACUGGCAAAACUAUAACCUUGGAGGUUGAGCCAUCCGACACCAUUGAAAACGUCAAGGCCAAGAUUCAAGACAAGGAAGGUAUUCCUCCAGACCAGCAACGUUUGAUUUUUGCUGGUAAGCAGCUCGAAGACGGGCGCACCUUGUCGGACUACAACAUCCAAAAGGAGUCUACCCUCCAUUUGGUCCUGCGUCUCCGUGGUGGUAUGCAAAUCUUCGUGAAGACCCUAACUGGUAAAACCAUCACCUUGGAGGUUGAGCCGUCAGACACCAUCGAAAACGUCAAGGCCAAGAUUCAAGAUAAAGAAGGCAUUCCUCCAGAUCAACAACGUUUGAUUUUCGCCGGUAAACAAUUGGAAGACGGCCGCACCUUGUCGGACUACAACAUCCAAAAGGAGUCUACCCUCCAUUUGGUCCUGCGUCUUCGCGGUGGUAUGCAAAUUUUCGUCAAGACUCUGACUGGCAAAACCAUCACCUUGGAGGUUGAGCCGUCAGACACCAUCGAGAACGUUAAGGCCAAGAUCCAGGACAAAGAAGGUAUCCCACCAGAUCAACAGCGUUUAAUCUUCGCCGGCAAGCAGCUCGAAGAUGGCCGUACUUUGUCCGAUUAUAACAUCCAAAAGGAGUCUACCCUCCAUUUGGUCCUGCGUCUUCGCGGUGGUAUGCAGAUCUUCGUGAAGACACUGACCGGUAAAACCAUCACCUUGGAGGUUGAGCCGUCAGACACCAUCGAAAAUGUUAAAGCCAAAAUCCAGGAUAAGGAAGGUAUUCCUCCAGAUCAACAGCGUUUGAUUUUUGCCGGUAAACAGUUGGAAGACGGCCGUACUUUGUCCGACUACAAUAUUCAGAAGGAAUCGACUCUCCAUUUGGUGCUUCGUCUUCGCGGAGGCGCAUUCUAAAUUUAAAUGGAAACAACCAAAUUCAAAAUUCAGAGUAUUCAUUGCAUCUCGUUAAUUUAGCUCUAUUUUGUAUUUUAACGCUUUAAAUCAGUUCUGAGUAAAAAUUGAAAUAUACCGUUUUUUA